ACAAAUUUGCAGAGAAAAUUAGAAAUAAUAAAUGGCGGAAGAACUGCAAGUGUUUGGUUUCUGGACAAGUCCUUUUAGUCGCAGAGUGGAGCUGGCUCUCAAACUCAAAGCCUUGGAAUAUGAAUAUGUUGARGAAGAUWUAUGGAACAAGAGCGAUUUGCUUGUAAAAUACAACCCAAUUUACAAGAAGGUGCCUGUGCUCGUCCACCAUGGAAAGCCCAUCGCAGAGUCUCUUGUSAUCCUCGAAUACAUUGAAGAAAAUUGGAAGGCCAACCCCAUCUUCCCCCACCAUCCCCAUCAAAGAGCUCUCGCCAGGUUCUGGGCUAAGUAUAUUGAUGACAAGAUUGUGCCUGCUAUACUAAAAGUUGCUMGAAGCAAAGUAGAAGAAAGAGAGAAGGCCGUGGAGGAAGCGAGCGAGGCAUGUGAAGCCCUAGAGAAAGAGCUUGAAAGCAAGAAGUUGUUUGGAGGAGACAGGAUUGGGUUGGUGGACAUUGUUGGCAUUGUGGUAGCCUACUGGGUUCCUGCCAUUGAAGAAGGUGUAGGGUUUGAGUUGCUGACAAGCCACAAGUUUCCAAACAUAACCAAAUGGAGUGAAGAGCUGUUGAACCACAGCGUGGUGAAGGAGACUUUGCCUCCAAGAGCAGAGCUUGUUGCCUAUUUGCAAGCUGUUUUUGGAGCCAACUAGAAAGAUGGUUUUGUUUUUUGUUUUUCUCUACUUUUUCUUUUUCCCUUGGAUUAUUGAAACUAGCUAUUAAUCUAUCAUGUUUGGAUUUAUUGUUUAACUUUAUUGGAAGUUUUUUUUUUCUUUUCCAUGUACUUUAAUUAUGUGUAGAUUCAAUAAAGUGGAAGUCCUCUGGAAUAAAGUUUUAGCAUUUCUUUACUAUA